UUGAACAUAGCACGCAUAAAAUCAACAAAAAGAGGAAAAUUUCUUGCAUUUGCUGUGUUUUAUUAAUUUUUCUUUAAUAUAAAUAAACAAAAAAAACUUAAACUUAAACUUAAUUUAUAGAACAUCAAACAAAUGAACAAAAUUCAUAUUUAUCAUGCACAUAAAACAGAUUAUUAUUCAAGGAUUUAAAUCCUAUAAAGAUCAAACUGUUGUGGAGCCAUUUGAUAAAAGGCACAAUGUAGUCGUUGGACGAAAUGGAUCGGGCAAAAGUAACUUUUUCUAUGCGAUCCAAUUUGUAUUGAGUGAUGAAUUUACACAUUUGCGACCAGAACAACGUCAAGCCCUAUUGCACGAAGGUACUGGAGCUAGGGUUAUUUCUGCUUAUGUGGAAAUCAUUUUUGAUAAUUCUGAUAAUCGUGUACCUAUUGACAAAGAUGAGAUCUACCUACGACGUGUUAUUGGAGCCAAAAAAGAUCAAUAUUUUCUUAAUAAAAAAGUUGUCCCACGUACAGAAGUUGUCAAUCUACUUGAAUCAGCUGGAUUUUCUAAUUCCAAUCCAUACUAUAUUGUGAAGCAAGGAAAAAUUAAUCAAAUGGCCACAGCAGCUGAUUCGUAUCGUUUGAAAUUACUUCGUGAAGUUGCUGGUACAAGAGUCUAUGAUGAACGCAAAGAAGAGUCUCUUAACAUACUUGGCGAUGCUGUAGGAAAAGUUGAAAAAAUUACCGAAUAUCUUAAAACAAUCGAAGAUCGGCUACAAACACUAGAAGAAGAAAAAGAAGAACUUAAAGAAUAUCAAAAAUGGGACAAAGCACGUCGUACAUUGGAAUACAUUAUACACGAAACUGAGCUGAAAGAAACUCGACGAGCUUUGGAAGAGUUGCAAGAGCAACGUAAAACAUCUGGAGAUAAACAAAAACAGUAUAAUCAAGAAAUUCAAAAAGCACAGGAAAAAAUCAAAAGUAUUCAAAAAUCCUUAAAAGAUGCAAAGAAAGAUGUCUCAACGACGAAAGAUGACCGUUCAGUACUGUUGACUGAGCAACAGCAGCUUUUGAGAGAAAAGACAAAACUCGAUUUGACUAUACUUGAUUUAAAUGACGAAGUCCAAGGAGACAAUAAGUCGAAAGAGAGGGCUGACCUAGAACUCAAACGGCUAAAGAUAACAAUUGCAGAGAAAGAGAAGGAAUUAGAGGAUGUGAAGCCGAAAUAUGAGAUGAUGAAAAGAAAAGAAGAAGAAUGCGCCAGAGAGUUGGCUCUAAAAGAGCAAAAACGAAAGGAACUGUAUGCAAAACAAGGGCGUGGGUCACAGUUUGCAUCGCGUAGUGAACGUGAUAAAUGGAUUCAGACGGAGUUGAAAUCGCUGAACAAGCAGAUUAAAGAUAAAAUCAAUCAUAACACGAAGCUUCUGGAUGAUCUGAAGCGAGAUGCUAAUGCAGAGAAAGAAUUAGGAAAGAAAAUCGAAGAACAAACCGCUGAAGUAGAGCAACUUCGUUUGCAGAUUGAUGAGCAUAACAAGCAGUACUAUGAGUUGAAAAAAACAAAGGACACAUAUCAAGCAACUCGGAAUGAAUUGUGGCGCAAGGAGACGCAGAUGACACAACAACUACAAACUCAUAAAGAAGAACUUUCCAAGUCCGACCAAGCUUUGCGUAGUAUGGCUGGAAAGCCGAUUUUAAAUGGCAGAGACUCGGUACGUAAAGUGUUGGAUAGUUUCUUGGAACGUGGAGGACAAUUUCCUGACACAGCAAGGGCUUACUACGGUCCCGUGAUUGAGAAUUUCAGUUGCGACAAAACUAUUUACACUGCAGUAGAGGUAACUGCUGGAAACCGUCUUUUUCAUCACAUUGUUGAGUCCGAUCGAGUUGGUACGCAAAUUCUUAAAGAGAUGAACAAACUGAAGCUUCCUGGUGAAGUAACAUUCAUGCCCCUUAAUCGUCUGCAAGUGAAAGUUCAUGAUUAUCCAGACGAUCCGGAUUCAAUUCCGAUGAUUUCAAAAUUAAAAUACGAUGAGCAGUACGACAAGGCAUUGCGUUAUAUUUUUGGCAAAACUCUCAUCUGUCGUAAUUUGGAACGAGCCACUGAGUUGGCAAAAAGCACUGGUCUUGAUUGUGUCACUCUAGACGGAGAUCAGGUAUCUUCGAAAGGUUCUCUAACCGGUGGUUAUUUCAAUACUUCGCGAUCCCGUUUGGAAAUGCAAAAAAAGCGAACCGAAUACUCUGAGACGAUAAAAACAUUCGAAGAAGAACUAGCUUCGUUACGUAAUGAGUUGAAACAAACUGAAGCUAGCAUUAACAAAGUUGUAACAGAGAUGCAAAGAACCGAAACAAAACAAGGCAAAGCAAAAGAUGUCUUCGAAAAAGUCCAAGGUGAUAUUCGUCUAAUGAAAGAGGAAUUGUUGCGAAUAGAAAAGUAUCGAGCUCCAAAAGAAAGAUCGGCAGCACAAUGUAGAGCCAGUUUGGAGGCUAUGAACAACACCAAAGCUGGUCUUGAAUCUGAAAUACAGCAAGAGCUUAUGUCUACAUUAUCGGCGCAAGAUCAGCGUGAAGUUGAUCAAUUAAAUGAUGAUAUUCGUCGAUUGAAUCAAGAGAAUAAAGAGGCAUUUACACAACGUAUGCAAUUGGAAGUGAUUAAGAAUAAAUUGGACAACUUGUUGACAAAUAAUUUGUUUAGAAGACGAGAUGAAUUGAUACAAGCCUUGCAGGAAAUAUCAGUGGAAGACCGAAAAAGGAAGUUGAAUAAUUGUAAAAAUGAAUUGGUCAGCACCGAAAAGCGAAUCAAGAAAGUUAAUCAGGAUUUGGAGGAAAUGGAAAAGAAAGUUCAAGAAGCAGUUAAGUCUCAAAAAACACUUCAAAAGGACUUAGAAAUAUGGACACAAAAAGAAAAAGAAGCACAAGAUAAAAUCGGUGAGGAUUCAAAAAAGAUGGAAAAAUGGGCCGCCAAAGAGAAUCUCCUACAUCAAAAGAUCGACGAAUGUACGGAAAAGAUUGCCAGCUUAGGAGCCCUCCCACAAGUUGAUCCAGCUUAUCAGCGUAUGUCUUUGAAAAAUCUCUUCAAAGAAUUAGAAAAAGCAAAUCAGCAUUUGAAAAAAUACAAUCACGUAAACAAGAAAGCUUUGGAUCAGUUCUUAAGUUUUUCCGAACAAAAGGAAAAACUCUAUAAACGUAAAGAAGAACUUGAUAUUGGAGAUCAAAAAAUUCGAGAAUUGAUGCAAUCGUUGGAAAUGGAAAAAGUCGAAGCUAUACAAUUCACAUUCAAACAAGUGGCACAAAAUUUCACAAAAGUUUUCAAAAAACUCGUUCCUCAGGGUGCGGGUUAUUUGCUUUUAAAAACUAAAGACAAUGAUGGCGAAGAUGCUGAACAGGAAGUUGCUAAUUCAGAUGCAUUUACUGGAAUUGGUAUUCGAGUGUCUUUUACUGGUAUCGAUGCUGAAAUGAGAGAAAUGAAUCAAUUGUCUGGUGGCCAAAAGUCGUUGGUUGCUUUGGCACUAAUAUUUGCCAUUCAAAAGUGUGAUCCAGCUCCAUUUUAUCUAUUCGAUGAAAUCGAUCAGGCUCUCGAUGCACAACAUAGAAAAGCAGUUGCAGACAUGAUCCACGAAUUGAGUGACAAGGCACAGUUUAUUACAACAACUUUCCGACCCGAAUUGCUUGAGAACGCACAUAAAUUCUAUGGUGUACGUUUUAGAAAUAAGGUCAGUCACAUCGAUUGUGUUACAAGGGAACAGGCAAAGGACUUUGUGGAAGAUGACAAUACACAUGCAUAAUUGUUUA